ACUUUGAUGAUGCAAAAAAAGUGAGCUGGGCGGAAGUUCCUGGUGCGCCGGCGAAUUGGGACCGGGUGGAAACCAAUAAAAAUGCAGCUUCGUUGUCAAAUUUCUAACGUCUGAAGAGGAUCCGGCCAUGAGCUCCAGCAGUCCGAGCAGACAGCUGGCAGACGGACUGACUGCAUCCACACUGCUGAUGCUUGUAUCGAGCCGAGGAGCGCUACAGAUGCGGACUGUCUGGGUCCUGCGUCUGGACUGAAUCCUGUCUGAACCAGAACCAGAGCAGAGGGACCCCAAAGCCAUGGUCAAACCAGCAAGAUGUGCCUGUGAUGCUCAGGAGUGAGGAGCAGAGCAGCUGAGGAGGAGGAGGAGAUGGGCUGCACCUCUACCAAGCAGGUGUCUGCGGUGCCGGGGGGUGAGGAGGGUCAGAACAAAUCCCACAGCAAUGGGGACCUCCUCUCCGAUGAGUACAAGAUGAAAGGAGUGGAAAAAGUGAAGUACAUCAGUGGAGAAGAGGGAGGAGUGGACGGCCAGGACAGCACAGAGAAGAGUGCACUCCUGGGUAAAGGCCAACACUCAGAUGAAACAGGGUCAAACGGAAAUGAAAAGAUUCUGAGCAUCCACUCCUCAGAGAGCCAGCAGGAAUUCUUCAGGAUGCUGGACGAGAAGAUUGAAAAAGGCCGGGACUACUGCUCAGAAGAGGAGGACAUGACAUAGCACUGUGGUCCAACACUCCAAGUUUGAAAGAGCCGUCAGUCCAGUGCUAUGGAUGGACCCUACCAUGAGUUCUAAUAUCCCGGAGGACUCUGUCUUCUUGUAUGUACACGCCUGAAGAAAAUGGAUUACUGACUUGAAUGAAGCACCUUUUUGCCCUCCUGCUCACAACUUUAGUUCUUGCUGGUAACCAAGAGAGAAAUGACCUCCAUAGUUAAAGAAGGUUCAGAUUUCUCCGAAGGGAGAGAACUUUCUAGGUUUACGUCUUUAAUGAAGCCAUUUCGGGAUGAAGGAGAUCCUGGGACUUAAUGUGCACCUGCUCUUCUUCUGCUUGGACAAACCCCCGACAGGAGGCUUCCUGUGAACAUUUGAAACAUUCUGACUGUCACAAAAAAUGUGCAGAAGAAACCAGUGCUUUUAUGGACACAGAUACAAAGUGAAAACAAGGUCUUUAUCUGCAUCAUUUUGAACAUUUCAUCCUUGAAUGCCUCCCUGAAAAGUCACGGGGUUGAAACUUCCUGCAUUCCAAGACACAGUAUGAACCUCUUUUCUACAGUACGUUGGCCAGUACAGUGUGUUUGUCUGUCCAUGUCUGUUUCUGAGACGAUGUAGAGUAUUUAUGUUGAAUAAGGCUCAGGGUUGAAGUGUUGUAAUCUCUGUCUCAUGUAGUCAAAAUCCUUCCUCUCAUUAAGACACUGCUGCACCAUUAAAAUAAACACUCAUGCACUCACACUGCGGGGUUACUGAUGUCCCCUGCUUCAGUUUGUUUCCAUGUUGAACCAACAGGUGGACAUGUCACAUACAAGACUCAUUACGUGUUUCACCAGUGUUCAGUUGUGUUCAGUUUCUAUGUUGAGUUUUUGUUUUUUUAGAGAAAUAAAAAGUGUUUUCAGUAACUUAUCAA